AUGGCCCCGCUGCUGGCGCUGCUGCUGGCGGCCCUGCUGGGCUCGGGCCGGGCGUGCCCGGAGCCCUGCGCUUGCGUGGACAAGUACGCGCACCAGUUCGCCGACUGCGCCUACAAGGAGCUGCGGGCCGUGCCCGCGGGGCUCCCCUCCAACGUGACCACGCUGAGCCUCUCGGCCAACAAGAUCAGUUCGCUGCCCCGCGGCGCCUUCGCCGAGGUGACCCAGGUGAGCUCGCUGUGGCUGGCGCACAACGAGAUCGCCGCCAUCGAGCCCGGCGCGCUGGCCGUGCUGGUGCAGCUGAAGAACCUGGACAUCAGCCACAACCAGAUCGUGGAGUUCCCCUGGCGGGACCUGCGCAACCUCAGCGCGCUGCAGCUGCUCAAGAUGAACAACAACCGCAUGGCCGCGGUGCCGCCGGACGCCUUCCGCACGCUCAAGGACCUGCGCUCGCUGCGCAUCAACAACAACCGCUUCGCCACGCUGGCCGAGGGCAUCUUCGACUCGCUGGGCUCGCUGUCGCACCUGCAGAUCUACAACAACCCCUUCGAGUGCACCUGCGCGCUGCGCUGGCUGAAGCGCUGGAUGGAGAGCACGCUCAUCUCCAUCCCCGAGAAGGAAUCCAUCGCCUGCGCGCUGCCCGAGCGCCUCCGCGGGGUGCCGCUGGCCAGGCUGCCCGAGCUGCGCUGCGCCGCGCCCGCCGUCAGCCUCAGCUCCUCGCCCAGCCUGGAGGCGGCCGAGAUGCCGGACGGCUUCGCGCUGAGCCUGCACUGCUCCGCCAGCGGCUCGCCGCCCCCCGAGCUGCGCUGGAAGAUCCGCACGGCCGGACAGAGCCUGGAGCUGGGCGGGAGCGGAGCGGAGAGCGCGGCCAAGGAGGCGGCGCGGGCGGAGCCCGAGCGCUUCGUGGCCUUCAAGAACGGCACCUUGCUGAUCCCGCGGGUGAGCAAGCGCGAGGAGGGCACCUACACCUGCGUGGCCACCAACGAGGUGGGCACCAACCACUCCUCGCUCAGCGUGGCGGUGGCGGGAGCGCAGAAAUACCCGGCGGCGGCCGGCAGGGACCCGCUGGGCGGCAAGGCGCAGCAGGGAGACAAAAAAACCGGCGCCAAGGCGGCCAAAAACAGCGUGCUGACCCCCGAGGAGAGCGGCAAGGCGCAGGGCCCCACCCGGCAGAGCCGGCCCUCCCCGGCGGCGGGGCAGGAGCCUGAGGGCCGGGUCCCCGCCGAGCCGCCGGGGCUGGAGGAGAAGUGCGGCUCCUCGGCGGGAGACACCAAGUACAUCUCCAACCACGCCUUCAACCGCAGCGGCGACUUCAAGCAGCACAGCUUCGAGCUGGGCGUCAUCGCCCUGGACGUGGCCGAGCGCGACGCCCGAGUGCAGCUGACGCCCACCCAGCCCGGCUCGGGCCACCUGGGCGUGCUCUAUCUGUGCCAGCAGGGCCGCCAGGGCCACUCCCUGCUGCAGUGGUCGCAGAUCGAGGCCGGCGUCAACUCGUACUGGUUCCAGGGCCUGAGCCCCGGCACCAACUACUCGGUGUGCCUGAGCUCGCCGGGCGAGGAGUGCCGGGUGCAGGUGGUGUUCACCACCAAGAAGGAGAUCCCGUCGCUCAUCAUCAUCGUGGUGGUGGCCAUCUUCCUGCUGCUGCUGGCCACGCUGCCGCUGCUGGGCGCCACGUGGUGCCACCUGCUCGCCAAGCUGCGGGCCAAGCCCUACAAGUUGAUCGUCAAGGCGCAGAACCCCGACCAGAUGGAGAAGCGCAUGGCCGCCGACUUCGACCCCCGCGUCUCCUACCUGGAGUCCGAGAAGAACUUCGACGCCGGCGAGGCGGGCGAGGCCGAGGAGGAGGAGGAGGAGGAGGAGGGAGAUGAAGAAGGAGCGCGGUGGCGGCGCGGGAGGGAGGGGGAAGGCGCGGCGGAGCUGGAGCGGGAGGAGAGCGUGGCCGCCAGCUCCAUGGCGGAGUCGCAGUCCAAGGGCGGCGCCGAGGAGUUCGAGGUGCGCUCCGAGUACAGCGACAAGCUGCCCCUGGGCGCCGAGGCGGUCACCAUCUCCCCGGAGAUCAACGGCAACUACCGGCAGCGGAUCCCGCUGCUCCCGGAUCCCCCCACCCCCUCUCCCGCCGGAUUCCGCUGCUCCCGGAUCCCCCCAUUCCAGUUUCUGCUGGAUCCCGGUCCUCCCGGAUCCCUGCCACUCCCGCUCCCGCCGGUCCCCGGUGCUCUCCGCUGGAUCCCGGUAGCCCCGGUAGCCCUGCUGGUCCCAGUGGUCCCGGUGCCCUCGGUAGCUCCGGUGGCCCCGGUAGCCCUGGUGGCCCCGCUGAUCCCGUUAGCCCCAGUGGCCCCAGUAGCUCCGGUAGCCCCGGUGGUCCCGGUAGCCCCGGUGGUCCCAGUAGCCCCAGUGGCCCCGGUAUCCCCGAUAGCUCCGGUGGCCCCGGUGGUCCCGGAAGAGAAGGGCCCGGGAGCGGCGGGGCCGAGGUCCGGAGGAGCGGGGACCAGCGGGGCUGCACCGCCGGACGGGAGGAUGAGGAGGGCGCUCGGUGUCCUGGCGCUGCUGGCGCUGCUGUCCCCGGGCCUGGCCUGUCCCAGCCUCUGCUCCUGCUCGGCCAAGAGGAACGGGCGGCUGCUGGCCGAGUGCGCCUACCGGGAGCUCCGCGACGUCCCCCGGGGCUUGUCCCCCAAUGUCACCAUCCUGACGCUCUCCGCCAACCGCCUGAGCCGCCUGGGCCGAGCCUCGCUGGCCGAGGUGCCCGAGCUGCAGUCGCUGUGGCUGGGCUACAACCACAUCUCGGCCGUGGAGCCCGGCACCUUCUCGCGGCUGCCGCAGCUCAAGAACCUGGACCUGAGCCACAACCGGCUGACGGAUUUCCCCUGGCAGGACCUGCGCGGGCUGGGAGCGCUGCAGAUCCUCAAGCUGAGCAACAACCGGCUGUCCUCGCUGCCGGCCGGGGCCCUGAGCGGCCUCCGGGAGCUGCGCUCGCUCUGGCUCAACGACAACGAGCUCACCACGCUGGCCCGCGGAACCUUCGAGGCGCUGCCGGCGCUGGCGCAGCUCCAGCUUUUCCGCAACCCCUUCAACUGCUCCUGCAAACUCUUCUGGCUCAAGGAAUGGGCCGAGGCCACCUCGGCCGUCAUCUCGGGCUCGGGCUCCACGCUGUGCGCCGCCCCGCCGAGGCUGCGGGGGAGGCCGGUCAGGGAUAUUCCCGGAGAGUUGUGCGUGGCUCCCACGGCGCAGCUGACCUACCUGUCCGGGAAUCGCGGGGAUGGGGAGAGCCGGGAGGGGCUGACGCUGAGCCUGCACUGCAGCGUGGCCGGCAGCCCCCCGCCCGAGAUCCACUGGCGGAUCCGCACGGCCGCUCGCCGCUUGGACAUCCACGGGCCCACGGUGGCCCGUGACGGAGGCGUCAAAGCGGGCGGGAGGCGCUUCCUGGCCUUCAAGAACGGCACCGUGGCCAUCCCGGAUUUCGGGAAGGAGGAUGAAGGCACCUACACCUGCCUGGCCAUCAACGAGGUGGGGACGCGCGAUGUGUCGGUCAACGUGGCGCUGUCCGGCUCCGGGAACCCGGCCGAGGAGCUGCCCAGGGAUGACCCCCAGGCCGGGCAGCCCGGAGGGAAAAGCUGCUCCAAGGGGGACGAGCUGGAUCCAUCCGGGAUGGGAGAGAAGUUGGUCAUCGUCUACCGCCUGCCCAAGGAGGUCCGGAGCGCAGCGGCAGCGGCAGCCCGGGAAUUCCGCCCGGGAAUUUGGCCGCUGGUUCUGCUGAUGUUGCUGUUCUGGUGAAGGGGGAGCAGUGGUUUUUUUGGGGGGGGGAAAAUUCCUUUUUUCCCAUAGUUUUUUUCCCUCUCGCGGAGCCUUUGCUGAGCUUCUAGGAUCCCGGUGGGUCCAGCCCUUCCCAAUCCUGGAGGGGCUCAGGGAAUGCGGGGCAGAUCCAGGCCAGAUCCAGCUGGGAUCAGCCUCUACUUCCCGCUUUUCUCCCAGCCCGGAUCCAGGUGCUGGAGCCAGGACAAUCCCACCCCAGAUCCCGCCCAGGGAUCCAAGGAAAAAGUGCCUUCCCCUGGGAAUGGGCUCCCAGGGGACCCAGGGGCUUGGAUCGGGAAGAAUUUCCCGGGUUUUCUCCUAGUAGGAGCUCCGGGAACACCCCGAGCUUCCAUCCCGAACUCCCAUCCCGAGCUCCCAUCCUGAGCUCCCAUCCCGAGCUCCCAUCCUGAGCUCCUCCUGGAAUGCCGCAGGAAUUCCAACACCGCCAUCCCAAAAAACCCGUCUGGGCUGGACCCACCGCUCGAGCCAAAGAUUCACAAAGCAUUCCCAGUGGGAAUGGGGGGAAGAUGGGGAAAAGCAGGGAAGCGGAGCUGCCUUUAAGCCAUGAACAUUCCCGAUGUGCUCCGGAAUUCCCGGCAGGACAAACAUUCCUUAUCCAGCUUAUCCCGGGAAUCCCUCAGAGGGUGGGGAUUUGGGAAUGGAUCCAGCUCUGGAAUUCCCAGUGGGAUCUGGGCCCCUGUAGGGCCAGCAAUUAACGCCUUUAAUUAACGCCUUUAAUUAAGAAAUACCUGUAAUAAACACCUUGAAUAGAGGAACGGUUUUUAAUGAAUGCAUUUAAUUAAUGAGCACUUUGAAUUAAUAAUGACUUCUUAAUAAACACCUUGAAUAAACUCCUCGGGUUUUUCUAAACCA